AUGGAUACAACAACAUCUUCGUCAUUGCCAAUUGCGAGUAGAGAUGCUGAAGCUGCUGCGGGGACGGUGUCUGUAGACGAUUUUGCGAUGUCAGUUACUUCUGGGUUUGCUAAGGAGGCUACCUUGCGCUUCCAAGCGGGAAAGUUUGCGGACUGUGUGAAAGUCUUGAAUGAGCUCUUACGGUUAAAAGAGAACGAUCCAAAGGUUCUUCAUAACAUAGCAAUUGCAGAAAACUUUCAAAAUGGAUUUUCAGACCCUAAAAGGCUUAUCGAAGCUCUUGAAGAUGUUAAGAGACGAAGCGAGGAGCUUGCUGUUGCUUCUGGAGUACAGACGGAAGCAAUUAACAGCACCGAAAGCAAAAACACAAUCGGAAGAAAAAGAAGUAAUAGUAUGGCACAAGGAGUUUCUAGUUCACCAAUUGUUUACAAUGAUGAGUUUGACACUUCAGUGGCAAUGUUUAACAUAGCAGUUACCUGGUUCCAUCUUCAUGACUACGCGAAAUCGUAUUCAUAUUUGGAUGCUUUGUAUCAGACCAUUGAACCCAUUGAUGAGGGGACGGCUCUUCGUAUUUGCCUUCUGUUGCUAGAUGUUGCAUUGCUUUCUGGCCAUGCAUCAAGAUCUGCGGAUGUGAUAAGCUAUAUGGAGAAGGCUUUUGGCAUCAAUAGCUUGAUGAACCAAGCAGACAAUGGAAUCCCAACACAGCAGCAACCUACACUAGUAUCCAAAUCGGUUUCACUUACCAGCAAUUUGACGAUACCUGAUUCUUCUACUUCUGACUCUGUUGCUUCUGCAAUUAUCUUAGAAAACUCUUUAUCUAGAACAGGAUCAGACGAAGCACUUGAAGAAGAAUCGCUGCAGUUAUUAUCUUCUCUUGAUAUCGGUGGACAGAACUUUCGAAGGCCUGGCCUCCCAUUUUCUAAUGAUCUUCUCAGGACACAAGCUGAGGAGCCCCUAUCAGCCAUUGAUCUAAGGCUUAAGCUGCAUUUUUACAAGGUUCGAUUUUUGCUGCUCAUCAGGAACCUUAAGGCAGCCAAGCGUGAAGUUAAGAUGGCUAUGAACAUAGCUCGUGGCAAAGAUUAUACCACGGCUCUCUAUUUGAAGUCACAGCUCGAAUUUGCUCGAUGGAACCAUAGCAAAGCAAUCAAGCUUUUGAUGGCAUCUAGUAGCCGCACGGAAACAGGAAUUUCUAGCAUGUACUACAACAAUAUCGGUUGCAUAUAUUACCAACUUGGGAAGCAUCACACUUCAGGUGUAUUCUUUUCCAAGGCCCUAAAUAGCAGCUCACGCAUACGGAAGGAAAAACCUCUGAAUCUCAUGUCUUUUUCUCAGGAUAAAUCCCUUUAUAUAACUUAUAAUUGUGGUGUGCAUCAGUUGACUUGUGGGAAACCUUUCCAAGCUGCUCGAUGCUUCAAGAUGGCCAGUCUAAUUUUUAACAAUAGACCUGUUUUAUGGCUACGAAUUGCGGAGUGUUGUAUAAUGGCACUAGAGAAGGGACUAAUCCAAUCCAAUCCCUCUGCGUCUGACAGAUCUGAUAUCAUGGUUAAUGUUAUUGGAAAGGGAAAAUGGAGACAACUUGCAGUAAAAAAUGGAAUCUCGACCAAUGAUGAGCAGGAAUUUGUUCGAAAGGAAGAUUUGUUUUCUGUUGACAGCAAACAGCCUGAUCUCUCAACGUCUCUUGCCCGACAGUGUCUUGUCAAUGCGUUGCAUUUACUGGAAUCUUCCAAGGCAAAUUUUACUAGCCCUAGUUUGUAUCCGAGUUUUGAGGAGAAUGACUCAAGAGAAACACCAUUUUCUCCUAGCACAAAUCACACAAACAUAUCUAGUGGUGAUCCCAAGACAUCUGAUGUAGCAUCUGGAUCUAGUCAGGUUGAGGCAAAUGGUGAAAUGAAAGAGCAAAAAGGUGGAAGCAGUCAGAAUACACUGUUACAGAAAUUUGCUUCUGACAAUGAAGAUAUUUGUGCAAAGGAGAACCAUAUGAUAAAGCAAGCAGUAUUAGCUGAUUUGGCAUAUGUGGAGCUGGCGAUGGGAAAUCCCCUGAAGGCCUUUACGAUAGCAAGUUCUCUAUUAAUACUGCCCCAUUGCUCAAGAAUAUACACCUUUCUUGGAAGAAUGUAUGUGGCCGAGGCUUUAUGCCUACUUAACCAGCCUAAGGAGGCUGCUGAGCAUUUGAUCAUGUAUUUGUCUGGUAAUGACUCUGUGGAACUUCCAUACAGCCAAGAGGAUUGCGAAAAGUGGAGAGCAGAAAAAGUGAUAGAUUGUGACGAGUCAAAUGGUGCCUCGUCACUGGAUGAAUCGCAAUUACUAUUUUUCUCCACACCCAUAGAGGCUCAGGGAAUUCUUUACUCAAACUAUGCUGCCAACUAUGCAUUGUUAGGAGACAUUGAAAGGGCCCACCAAUUUGUGGUAAAAGCAUUAUCCGUAAUACCUAAUUGUAAACAGGCUAUUCUUACUGCAAUUUAUCUGGAUCUUAAGCUCGGGAAGGCACAAGAAGCUGUUGCUAAAUUGAAACAGUACACCGGUGUUAGGUACCUCUCUUGCAGUACGAAAUUGUAG